CUACGCGAUGCCGCCAAGAGCGGCAACGUAGCAGUCCUCAAGGAGUUUCUCAACCGCGAACCGGGCAACAUCGAUUCUCAAUCCAAUGAAGGCAAGUCGGCACUUCAUAUAGCUGCAGAGAAUGGGGAGAUCGAGGCCGCCAAGUUACUUAUUGAGCACGGCGCCAACGUCAACAUACGUGAUGCACAAGGUCGACCUCCACUUGCCCUGGCUGCCACGAGUGGGCGCACCCGCGUGGCGGAGAUGCUGCUACAAAAUAAGGCUGAGGUCGAACCCCAAGAUGCUCGAGGCCGGUCUCUUCUCUCAAACGUUGUCUACCUUGCACUAAAUACGGGAGUGACCGUGCCCGCUCUGCCUAUGGUCCGGCUACUACUCAAAUACGGUGCAAACCCGCGACAUGAAGACAAGGAACGGACGACUGUCCUG